AUGGCAAAUGUUGGAAGUCUUAAAUUUAGGAAACAACAUCUAACUGGGAAAAUUCUUAGAUCCUUGGGAUCUUUGAGUUAUAUUAUGUCAUUAAACCUUCAUAGCAAUAACCUGUUUGGACAAGUACCUUCCACAUUGCAGCAUUUAGUUGGUAUGCGUAUUCUUGAUCUUAGCAAAAAUCAAUUGACUGGAAGUAUUUCAGCGUGGAUUGGAGACAAGCUCUCAAAUCUUGAGGUUCUAAACCUCCGUUCAAAUCACUUUCAAGCCUAUAUCCCUGAUCAAAUUUGUGCUCUUAAGUCUCUUCAUUUCUUGGAUCUUGGUUAUAACAACAUUUCAGGAGCUAUUCCAAAAUGUUUUAGUAACCAAAGUGACAUAGCCACAAAACGGCCCAGCGGAUUCAUGGAUGGGCCCUUGGAAUUCGGCCUUGGCCUAACGCUUUAUUUAAGGGCAUUAUUGGUGAUGAGAGGAAGAGAGGAUGAAUAUAGUACCACACUAGGACUUGUUACCGGCAUAGAUCUUUCAGUUAACAGUCUCUCAGGAGAGAUCCCCAAAGAACUUGGUAAUCUCAAGUGGCUGCGGUCAUUAAAUUUAUCAGGAAAUCUCCUAACAGGACAGAUACCAGAAAACAUUGGCAAUCUGGAGUUGGAAUCUCUUGACUUGUCGAUGAACCGACUCCAUGGACAAAUUCCAUCAGGCACCCAGCUCCAAAGCUUUGACAGGUUUUCUUACAUUGGCAAUCAUCUUUGCGGACCUCCAAUCACAAAAAAUUGCGGCAGAAAUGGCGAAACACCUGAAAUUACAAAUGGAGAUAGCAGUGAAGGAAGGCACAGGUCUGAGGUGAAUUGGCUUUAUGUGAGCAUAGUGGUUGGAUUUUUUAUGGGGUUUUGGGUAGUUGCUCCCCUGUUUGUCAUCAGGUCUUGGAGGCUUGCUUACUAUAAAAAACUAGAGCAUAUUGGUGAUAAGCUAAACGUGUUUUGGGCGUAUGUAAUUUGUACUGGAAGCUCAUUUUGGUGUGUUUGA